CCGGAAGUGGAGCCGCCGCCGGAGCCACCAUGGCCGAGACCGACCCCAAGAGCGUCCAGGACCUGACGGCCGUGGUGCAGACAUUGCUCCAGCAAAUGCAGGACAAGUUUCAAACCAUGUCUGACCAAAUAAUUGGAAGAAUCGAUGACAUGAGCUGCCGCAUCGAUGACCUGGAGCGCAACAUCGCCGACCUCAUGAUGCAGGCGGGCGUGGAGGAGCUCGAGGGGGAGAACAAGACCCCGGCUUCCAACAAGGGCUAAAGUUGCCAACAACUCAAGUCAUGGAAGAUUAUUUUUUCUUUUUUUUCUACAAAUCCUUGGAAUUAAAAAAUGGCUUUUUGCAACUCCAGUGUGUGAAAGCAUUUUUAUAUUGUUACAGAGCUUGCAUUCCUAAUGUACAUUGUAUAGUUGGGGUAGGGUAGUUUCUAUUUUGAUUUUGUGUACUGUAAUUUCACUUUUUGAAUUCUUGUAACGAGGAUCACUUGGUUGUGUUAUUAAAACACAGAUCUUAUGGAUCUCAA